AUGGCGACGACCGAAUACACCCUCCGGCCAUCGUUCGACUGUCCCUUCGGAUGGCCAGCCCAGCCGAGCUACCCCAUCGACCCCGUCGAGCCCACCUCCGCCGCAAGCAGCUCGCGCCCGCCGGGCUCUUCUCCCGCCCGAGCCGCCAGGAAGGAACCCUCGGAUCUCCUCCAGACUUGGGACCCCAUCUUCUCCUGCCGGCCAAGCGAUCACGACGAGCCAAUCGACCAGCUGGCAGCCCAGCUUAACAGGCUCUAUCUCGAGGCCGUCUAUCUCCCCGAGCCAUCGGCCGUCGAGCGGUUCGCGGCCCGGCUCCGGAACUCGGAGGAGGCCUUCGAGGUGGACGCCCUCCUGGGCCUCUACGAGUCCUUCAUGAUCCCCGAGGAGGCAUUGGCACGCAAGUGGGGCACAGAGAUGGGCAAGAUUGCUUGCGUGGAGAACGACGAGGAGAUCUUCCAUCUCAACGAGCCUGAGGCCUUCGCUCUCGUUCUCCAGUAUUUCUUCAACCCCGCUCAACCCGAUAGCAAUCAUACACUCGCUGGGCCUCAUCCCCCAGACCCCGCAAAGAUCUCUUUCAUCAAACCCGACUCGAUCGCCCAGCAACUCGAGAUUUGGAGCACCAGGGAGUCACUGCUCCACAAGAAGCAGCUAUCGGCCUCGCCCCGGAAGCGGAGAAAGGAGAAGAACGUCCUGGAUGAAGAGCAGGAGAAGGAGCUGCAAGAGAAGGAGGUUGUCGCUGACCUCGAGUGUCUCCUCGAGGGACUUGUCGACAAACUUGCCAUGUGGCAGAUCAUCUCUGGCCUCGAGAACAGUCUCGGCCCACCCCGGAAAUCUAACCCUCGCACCGACAGCCUCAUCCCUUCCGACACGCUCGAUCUUGAUGACGUGCAGAGGUUUUGGACUGACGUGGUCGAAGAGCACUACACUCAACACUUACCGCUCCUCAACCCGUCCUUCCGGCCCAAGCUCUUCCCGACCUCGAUCUACGACCCCUCGGCAUCUUCGUCACUAGUGCCGACCCAGUUUGACGCGACGGCGCGGGCCGGACCCGGGACGAUCCACCGGACGCCGAAUCUGAAGAAGUUAGAGAGACGGGCGGCGGCACGAGCGGGCCGACAGGAGACGGCGCAGAUGCGCCAGAACGUGAGUCCUACGAUGCGCGAGCUCACCGGCGUCGGUCCCCGCCGGCCUCUCGCCCGACCCGGCUCGCUCAGCGAGUCCCAGCUCGCCCUCCAGGCUCGCUCUUCCCGUGCCCUCUUCAACCGCAGACAGGUCACCAUGUUCAAGCCUUCCGCUCAACCUCCUAAACCAACACGCCCCAGCCUCAGCUCCUCUUUGGCCGGCCCGCUCAAUCGACCCACCCAGCUUCGCUCACUCUCACACUCCCAUCUCGCCGGCUCCAAACGCAAACAAUCUUCCCCUAAACACAGAUCUUCUGCCCUGUCCACCAACCAAUCUACACCGCGCAAAUCGACUAAAACAUCAGCCACCGCUCCGGCUUCUAGAGCAGCAACAGUCUUGGUGCCCGAUACCCCUCAAACUAACCAGCGUGUUCGCCGCUGA